UGAGUCUGACAGAGCUGGGGGCAGGGGCAUGAGCCUGACCAUGAGUGCAGCUAUCAGAUGGCGCAUAAAGGGGCUCUCCCCUCACAAGGAGGCAGUGAUGGCACCAAAACAUGUGCCUAAUACUAGCGUAAUCCCAGCACAAGAGAUUGUAAAACCCCUCUGUUGUGGGAUAUGAAAUGUCCCAUUGCAUUGCUGAGAGAGAAACUCCUCUUUCCUUCCAAGGGAUCACAAAUGAGGGGCUCUUACUCCCAAAGAGAUGAAUUUGACAAGAUCCCCUUGUUUAUGAAGCAAUCCCCUGCUGAAAUUGAUCCUGAACAGAAUCCUGAUUUGGCUUGCCUUCAGUCAAUUAUUUUUGAUGAGGAUCGAUCUCCUGAAGAGCAAGCGAACACCUAUAAGAAUGAGGGGAAUGAAUAUUUCAAGGAAAAGAACUACAAGAAAGCUGUUAUCUCAUAUACUGAAGGGUUAAAAAAGAAAUGCAGUGACCAAGACUUGAAUGCUGUGCUUUAUACUAACCGUGCUGCAGCACAGUUUUAUCUGGGUAACUACCGUUCUGCUCUCAAUGAUGUGAUUGCAGCAAGAAAGCUGAGACCCAACCAUCUCAAAGCAAUAAUAAGAGGAGCUUUGUGUCAUUUGGAGUUAAAGAAUUUCCCAGAAGCAGUGGCAUGGUGUGAGGAGGGUCUGAGGAUAGAUUCAAAGGAGAAAAAUCUUGUGGAAAUGAGAGCCAAAGCUGACAGAUUAAAGCGAGCUGAACAGCGGGACAUAAGGAAAGCACAACUGAAGGAGAAAAAGGAACAGUCUCAAAAGGAGGCCUUACUUGCUGCUAUAAAGGAAAGGAACAUCAAGCUGUUUCUAGAGGCCUCUAAGGAGGAAGAUGAAAUAUCACAUGGUCUGGGUGAGAUGUCCUUAAAUGGACUGAGUUCUGACAGUGCAGUUGGCACAAAAGUCUGCUUAGAUGAUAAUGGCAAAGUAAACUGGCCUGUACUCUUCCUGUAUCCUGAAUAUGGGCAAACGGAUUUCAUCUCAGCUUUUCACGAGGACUCCAGAUUUAUUGAUCAUUUACUGGUGAUGUUUGCUGAGUUACCACCUUGGGAUUUGGAAAGAAAAUAUCAUCCUGGCAACCUAGAGCUUUAUUUUGAAGAUGAAGCAAGAGAGGAAAUGUACCAGCUGAACACACAAAACACAUUGCUACAAGUGCUGCAGCACCAAAGAUACUUUGUAAAGGCUGGGACUCCUACAUUUUUUGUUUUAGUAAAGCAUUCUCCUUUCUCUAAGAAUUACUUUUUUGGCAAGAAGGUUCAUCGACUAAAAUGAGCAGGACAUGCAUGCACAAAAAGGGAUAUGAGAAACCCUCACCAUCAGCUGUAUUGUUCCUAUCCACAAAUAGGAAUAAUCAGUCUUCUACCUGUAUAUUUUAAUAUUUUUUUCUAGUGCAAUCAAACGUAACCAUUAUUGGACCUUUUUUUCUUCCAAUUCUUGCACAUGCAGAACACCCCCUGAAACAAAUUGGAUAGAGAGUGAAGUUUGAUAUGUUUUCCCCAAAUAUACAAAUGUAUAGUAGUCUUGCUGAAAUAGACUACUGUUCCAUUAAAGCCUGUGCAGUAUAUA